AUGACACCCAACGACGCUCCGGCAGCAGGCUUCUUUGCCUACAACAGCCAACUCGUGCGUCUCAUCUCCAUCUCCACUCCACUGCAGAAUGCUGAGUUUACCCCCGAGGACGCCUUCACGCUCUAUCACCUGAUCCAAGAGGGAAACGUUUCGAAGAGGGACUAUGGCGGACCUACCCUUCCGGCGUUGGGACAUGCGAUUGCGGGUGGAUUGGCGUCCGCAUUGGCCACGGCGGUGGUCUAUCCGAUCGAUACUAUCGUCACGCGAAUGCAGGUACAGAAAGGUUUGAAGGGGGAGAAAGAAGCGCACUCGGCUGCGAGCGACGCGGAUGCAGAAUACAAGGAUCCAAUCGAUGCGGCGAGAAAGAUUUACAAGAACGAGGGAGGACUGAAGGCCUUCUACGCUGGAUUGAGUUCAGAUGUGGUAAAGCACAUUGUGGAUUCCUUCCUAUUCUUCUUGGCGUAUUCGAUGAUGAAGGAGCAGAUGUUGAAGAGACAGGGUGGAAAGCAGCUGCCCGUGCUGAAGGAGUUGAGCGUGGGUGUUGCGGCAGGCGCUUUCGCAAAGGCCAUCACAUCUCCAAUCCAGAACAUCGUGACGAGGCAGCAGACCGCAGCUCUGCUCGCAGCUCGGGACCCAAGUUCUUCCGCAACCCCGACCAAGAGCAACAAGUUGAGCGUGAAGGACAUCGCCUUGCAGAUUCGGUCAGAGAAGGGCAUCGCUGGGUUCUGGGCCGGCUACAGUGCGCAGCUGAUUCUUACGCUCAAUCCCGCAAUGACUUUUGCAGUCGACAAUACGCUGAGGAGUCUGAUUCCCAAGAAAUACAGAGACAAUCCACGUCCAUACCAGAUAUUCCUCGUGGCAGCUCUGUCCAAGGUCAUUGCCACAUCCAUCACCUACCCGGUAAUGCUCGCCAAAGCCCGCGCACAAGCAGCCCCGGGUGCUUCGGAGGAUGACAAUGGUGUCGAUCCAUCUUACCACAAGAUUGAAGUCGGCUCUGCGCCAACGCGCGAACGCGCUCGACAGACUUUACGCCAGCUUGUGAAGCUAAUGGAGGGCCAGGCCGCGCUUCUCCAUUCACUGCGUCGUAUUUACCGGAACGAAGGUCUCGCGGGUCUUUAUUCUGGAUUGGAAGGAGAAGUUGUCAAAGGCUUCUUACAGCAUGGUCUUACGAUGAUGGCGAAGGAGAGUGUCUACGGCGGGACGAUCCAGAUGUAUUACGUUCUUCUGAAGCUCACCAAGCGAUGGCCGGAGGAGUUCGAGAAAGUACAGCAGAAUGCUGCUGAAAAGGCUAAGGAGCUCGGAAAGCAAGUCACGGGAUAG